AUGAUGGACCCCUGUGAAUGUGCCAGCCAGAGGAAGCCCAGCCUGUCCUUUUCCAUUGAGGAGAUCUUAAAGAAACCUUCUGCCAGCACCACCAGCAAUGAAACCAGGAGCAGGAAUAACUAUGCUGGGAGAUCUCCAGCUCUAAAAGCAGAAUCACCAUGGGCCUUUGAUUUCAGCAGCAGGAGUCAAUUAGAGAAUGACUUCCCUUCAGAUAAAAUGCUUCUCCCUGCCGUGUGUGCUACCCCCAUGGCCAGAGCAAAGAAAGUGCAGGCAGCUCACUGCAGGAGAGCUACUGAGAGCCCAGCUUCCUUCCUGGGUGAGGACACAGGACAUGAACACCUGGAAGGCAAAAGAAAACAUGAGGAAGAGGAAGACCAACUGUGUGAUUUCCCAGUGGACCAUCCUCUUCAUGUUGAGAGGAAAGGGAAACGGAGAAUCCGGACAACAUUCACAGCUGAGCAGCUUCAGGAACUUGAGAAGAUUUUCCAAGUGACUCACUACCCAGAUGUCCAUAUUCGCAAUCAGUUGGCAGCAAAGAUUAACCUACCAGAAGCCAGAGUUCAGAUCUGGUUCCAGAACCAGCGAGCCAAGUGGAGGAAACAUGAAAAAUUUGGCAACUUUGGUGGCCUUCAGCAUCUGACAGAAGUUGAUUUCAUUCCAGCUCCCAAGUCAGAUAUUACAGCUCCUAGCUUGAUGCCGAGGAAGCUUGCAGCUACCAUCCCUUCCAUAGGAUACUACUCACCACUACAAGGGCAGCUGACAACUACUUGGCUCCCCAGCACACUCUCCUACAUCCCCCACCACUUGGAGCUGCUGCCCUUACCAAAACCAUACUUGUUCUUCAACGUCCUCCCUGCCUACAGUGCACCACACUCCCACAAGAUAGAACAGAGCAGUAUCUCUACAUAG